AUGCAGAUCUUUGCCACCGCGCUCAUGGCCGCCGCGGGCGUCCUGUCCGCCGCCGUCGACCCCGCCGCUGUCGCCCGGCAGUCGAUCCAGACGCGCGCCUCUGGCGACCAGAUGGCCUUUUCCAACGUGAUCCUCAACUCGGCCGCCUACAACGUCUUUUUGACGGCCGACAUCCGCUACCCCGCCGGUACCGAGCCUCCCCGCCCCAAGGAUUCGGUGCCCAACGUCCAGAACAAGGUUGCCACCAACACCAACUUCGACGAGGACCCCAACAUCGUCUAUGUGCUUCAGUGCACCGGCAAUGGUUUCCGCGGCGACUGUACCGUCUUUGGCGCUCCCAAGGGCAGAUGUGUCUCCUACUUUGACUUCAACUCGCAGGGCAAGAAGGAUAUCAGCGAUCGCUUCAACAACAAGAUCACUUCCCUAUCCACCAACACCGGCGGCGUGUGCCAGUUCUACAAGUACACUGGCUGCGACGAAUCUGGCUGGGACCGUGGACUUGCCACGUCGUACAACGACAACCUGGCUGUUCCUCUCAAGCAGGACCCUCGUACUAUGCUGUACCAGAACAAAAUCACCUCGUGGAGGUGCUAG